ACGCGCUCAUUGGGCGUGGCUGGUGUGGAGCUAGGGCUAAGAGAAACCCCAGCUUCUGUUCUUCUUGCAGCGAGUACUGAGCCUUGAGAGAUGCCGAGGAGAGGAGGAGGACGACGUGCAGGAGGUCACCGUCACCAUGGUGGCCACCACCAUGGAAUAGGUCAUCACCACCAUGGAAUAGGUCAUCACCAUCAUGGAAUAGGUCAUCACCACCACCAUCAUGGAUUACAUCAUAACCACCACGGAUUACAUCACCAUCAUCACAUCGGACCCCAAAGACCAUUGUUUGGGUUCGGGUGGGGUCGACGACGCAGAGCCGUCGGGCUAGCAACAGGAGUUGUGAUUGGUGCAGCUGCCGCAAGCGCAGCUGGCCCACCUCAAGGAGAAGUGGUGGUAGUACAACAGACACAACCAGUUCCUGCAGUCCAGCAACCUCAGUCUGUACCUCCCCAGCACUAUCCACCAGGUGCCCCGCCCCCUCCGUACCCUGGCGUUCAGCCGCCACCCGUGGGGUUUAACGUCGCACCAGACCCCGCCUACCCUCCACCUCCUGCUCAGUAUCCACCACCGGGCCAACAGUUACCACCAGGAACCGUACCGGGCCAACAGGUGCCACCAGGUGUCCAACCCGGUCAACAACAGAUUAUCUAUGAACCAGACCCCUACAUAAGCUGCUGUGUCAUCCUCUAAUUAACCAAGCAGCAAAACCUUUGAUGCCAUCUACAAUGAUAAUCUCGACUGCUUUUAAUGUGUCAAAGUUUUUUAUUGUGUAAUGAUAUUUAACUAAUGAUUGUAUGAUGCAAAGUUAUCUAGAGAUGUUUUGUAUUAUUGUUCUUCAUUGUCUAAUGUUUUUUGUCCAAAUA